AUGAAGAAGAAGAUGACGAUGAUGAUGGUGACGAAGAAGAAAAGAACAGUCGGGCAUCAGAGAUCCCCGUCUCAGGUCCCCGAGACAAAGGACAGUCGAACACCAAGCAGAGUCCUCAUUGUCCAGGAGAAAACGGCCGUCCAUUCAACUUGGUUGUGCGAGGCUGCCAGAGCACGCUCCGUGACAAUGGCCCAACAGCUUCUCUUCUCCUGUGUCGGCACCCAUUUGUCCAAGUGGAAGGCCAACCUGGCCUUUGGACACUGCGGUCUGUACUCGGAGGGGACCGAAUGCGGCUUUGGUAGUCGUCCAUUCCGGGCAUUAAAUAAUGCGCCGCUCGCCGCGUUGUCGAGGUUCCAGAAUUCAGAGUAUCCCAACAAUAACAACGACAGCAACGACAACAACGACAACAGCAGCAGCAGCAGCAGCAGCAACUGCGACAAGUCAGCAACUUCUCUUCCUCAGAUCAACCAAAGCCCCAUCGACUCCCGGUUCUUGACAAUGUCCGACCCCGGCAGAUCCAAUAGCCAGGCCACAAACCCCAACUGCCAGCACCGGUGCGACGACCGGUGUCGGCAAAGGCAGGACGGCGACGCAGGCCCGCCUCGAGACGGAGACGGAAGCCAGGAUCGAGGCCGAGCCCCUCUCGCCUGGUACGAGAGGCUCGAUGGCCAAGCCGGCGGCCAAGGCGGCCGCGAUGCCGACGGCAUGAACAGCUCGUUUCGAGACUUUAGCGGACACGCCUUGCAACAGCAGCAACAGAAGCAACAGAAGCAACAGAAGCAACAGAAGCAACAGAAGCAACAGCAGCAACAGAAGCAACAGCAGCAACAGAAGCAACAGCAGCAACAGAAGCAACAGCAGCAACAGAAGCAACAGCAGCAACAGAAGCAACAGCAGCAACAGAAGCAACAGCAGCAACAGAAGCAACAGCAGCAACAGAAGCAACAGCAGCAACAGAAGCAACAGCAGCAACAGAAGCAACAGCAGCAACAGAAGCAACAGCAGCAACAGAAGCAACAGCAGCAACAGAAGCAACAGCAGCAACAGAAGCAACAGCAGCAACAGAAGCAACAGCAGCAACAGAAGCAACAGCAGCAACAGAAGCAACAGCAGCAACAGAAGCAACAGCAGCAACAGAAGCAACAGCAGCAACAGAAGCAACAGCAGCAACAGAAGCAACAGCAGCAACAGAAGCAACAGCAGCAACAGAAGCAACAGCAGCAACAGAAGCAACAGCAGCAACAGAAGCAACAGCAGCAACAGAAGCAACAGCAGCAACAGAAGCAACAGCAGCAACAGAAGCAACAGCAGCAACAGAAGCAACAGCAGCAACAGAAGCAACAGCAGCAACAGAAGCAACAGCAGCAACAGAAGCAACAGCAGCAACAGAAGCAACAGCAGCAACAGAAGCAACAGCAACUCGCUGCCGAGUCCAACGACGUCUCAGGCGCCGACGGGGCCCUGGAGCUUCUCGACGACCCUGGCUUCAUCGAGCCCAGCCGGUGGUGGAACCAUCAGCGUCUUGACCAUGGCCCUUCCGCCUCCGUGCUCUCCGCACGCUACACGGAGCAUUGCGCGUGGUCUGACGGCAGCGCCGGAUUCUCCCGUGGGCGCUUCGGCGGCUCCCACUGGACCUGGUAA